CAACCAACCAAACCAACCAGUAAACAAGCAAUCAAAUCCAAGUGAAGUGAAACCAACACAAAACACAAAACAGAUCACUAAACUUCACUUUAAAGCCGCUCACAGACGGCCAUCUUCCAUCUUCUCCCCCAUUAAUAUCUCUGCCGGCUCUCACUCCUCUUUUUUUUUAUACAUAUUUUCUCUCUCAUCAACCGCUUUCAUAUCUCCAUUCUCAAUUGCAUGUUGACACACUCCAAUUUGACGUCAUUUGCUGUAUAAAGCCUCUGUUUACAAUUAUUAUUAUUAUUCGAUAGGUUUGUUUGACAGAAGUGGAGUUUGAUUGUCAUUAAUGGCGAAGAUCUCACAGAAGAAGAAUGCUGCACGAAACGACGACGUUGAGACCAAACCGGUUAUCGGUAAAGCUAAACGAACGCGAAAAACGGUUAAGCGAGAUUCGCCGCCCCAACGGAGCUCUGUUUAUAGAGGAGUCACGAGACAUCGAUGGACCGGCCGAUAUGAAGCACAUUUGUGGGAUAAGAAUUGCUGGAAUGAAUCACAAAACAAAAAAGGACGACAAGUAUAUUUAGGGGCCUACGAUGAUGAAAAGGUAGCUGCACAUGCAUAUGACUUGGCAGCAUUGAAGUAUUGGGGACAAGAUACCAUCCUCAACUUUCCUCUAGGAACAUACAAAGAGGAGAUUCGAGAAAUGGAAAGCUUGUCAAAAGAAGAGUAUAUCGGAUCUCUAAGAAGGAAAAGCAGCGGUUUUUCACGAGGAGUUUCAAAAUACAGAGGGGUAGCAAGGCACCAUCAUAAUGGUAGGUGGGAGGCUCGAAUUGGACGGGUUUUUGGCAAUAAAUAUCUUUAUCUUGGAACAUACGCUACUCAAGAAGAAGCGGCAACCGCGUACGACAUGGCAGCAAUAGAGUACCGAGGACUUAACGCCGUUACAAAUUUUGACCUCAGCCGUUACAUCAAAUGGUUAAGACCGAACCAAACCGACUCCAACAACUCUAACGGCGUUCCAACUAACUCUAACCCUAAUGGUACUCAAGAUCCAGAAUCAACCUUCAGUUACAACAACCACAACAACCAGCAACCCGAAACCUCAAGCUCCGGCGAAACCACCACUAGCGUCCUUCCGCCACUGCGUACCUCCACCGCUUCCUCCGCCCUAGGGUUACUGUUGCAAUCAACAAAAUUCAAGGAAAUGUACGAGCGGACCUCCGUGGUUGACUCACCGUCGCCACCGCCAGAGUCCGAUAUGCCGCGGCGGAACUUUCCCGACGACAUACAAACGUAUUUCGACUGUCAUGAAUCGAAUAGCUAUGUUGAAAGUGAAGACACUAUUUUUGCGGAUUUGAAUUCGUUUGAUGCGCCUAUGUUCCAAUGCGAACUGGAUGCUUAAAAGGGGUUGCAGCGUAACUUGUUGCCCGUUUACCUGACAGUAAUUUUAAUUUUUAAAUUUGAAUGCAAUGAUCCACCUCAAUUUAACUAAUAGCUACCCGAGCGGUUUCGAAUGACGGUUUCGAUGACGGUGACGGUGUUCGGAGCCAGAUUUAACGAGCGGUAUCGACAACGUUUAGUUUUGUUAUUUGUUAUCUUUGAUUUUAUUUAGUUCUCUAUUUUUUAUAAGUUAUUGUAACUGUAGAUAUAGUUAUGGCAUAGACAUUCAUUCAGUUCUAUAUUUCUUUCCUUUGUUUUUGUUUGGAAAAAGAAAAUCAAUAAAAAUGUUGUAGGCGUUUACAA